GCGUUGUGUGUCAAUGGCGGACUCCUCCUGUUUUUCAGUGAAGGUUAUAGACAAGUGCCUGGUUUCUCCACCGCCGGGCUCCGUUCCGGCGACCCUUCUGCCGCUCACCUUCUUCGACUUAAUAUGUCUCCGAUAUGCACCCACACGGCGUCUUUUCUUCUACGAAUUUCCCCACUCCACCGCCCAUUUUACCCACGCCAUUCUCCCAUCGCUCAAACGAUCUCUUUCCCUUUCUCUCCAACACUUCUUCCCUUUUGCAGCCAAUCUCAUCCUCCCUCCACACCCCCACAAGCCCCAUUUCCUUUAUACCCCUCAUGACUCUGUCCAAUUAGCCAUAGCCGAGUCGGAUCCCUCCCAUUUCCACGCCCUCAUACCCGAUCACCCAAAAGAUGCUCGAGAUGUGUACCCAUUGUUCCAAGAUUGGCCCAUGUCUUGCCUCUUGUCAGAUGGGACUCAAGUCAUUCCUCUCAUGGCUCUGCAAAUCACCAUCUUCCCUUACCAUGCCCUUUCCCUAUGCGUUUCGUUUCUCCACGUCGCUGCUGAUGGACCUGCACUCCAUCAUUUCAUCAGAUCCUGGGCGUCUAUCUCUGCUGGAAAUGGCCUUAAUGGUCCACUGCCGUCUCACGAUCGGACUGUUGUGCAAGACCCAGAAGGACUCGAAUCCGCUUAUCUUCGCCAUCAUUCUGAACCCAUCAAUUUUGACAGUGAGCCCAUCAGUCAGCGUUUAAGCGACAAGGUUAGAGCAACUUUCUCGCUGUCCAAACCCCAAAUCGAGAGACUCAAAAAUUGGGCGAAUUCCCAGAUAACCAAAUCGACCCAAUUUUCGAGUUUUGUAGUGACAUCCUCUGUGGUUUGGGUUAGUUUCAUUAUGUCGCGUGAGUUAAUCAGUGGCGGUAGUGGUGCUGAGGAUGAAGCGUGCUGCUUCGCGUUUGCAGCCAAUUGCCGUAACGAACGACUUGGGUAUCGAAUCCCAGUGGAGUAUUUUGGGAAUUGCUUUGCGUUUUGCCUUACGGCAGUAGAGAAGAGUGAGCUAUUGGGGGAAAAUGGGUUAGUUGUGGCAAUGAAAGCGAUUGAGAAAAGAGUGGGAGAAGUGAACAAAGAGACGUUGAAAGACGUAAUGGCGGAGAUGUCGGCGUGGAAGGAGUUUGUUGAACGUGGAGCUGCGCUUUGUGCCGCUGGGUCGCCGAGGUUGGGCGCGUAUGACGCCAAUUUUGGGUGGGGGAGGCCCAUAAAGACCGAGGUGGUUCAAGUUGAUCGUGGGAGGUUGUUUUCUAUAGGGGAAUCCAGGAACGAAAAUGGUGGCAUUGAAGUUGGGUUGGGUCUGGGUUCGGCUCAUAUGGCUAGCUUUGUUGCCGUGUGGGAACAAAACCUAAAGCUUCUCGGUUGCUCAUGACAAGAUUUGUACGUGUAUUUUAUUAUAAUUAUAGUUGAGUUUGUUAAACGAACACGACUCUUUGUAAUGGUAUGAUAUUGUCCACUGUUAGCAUAAGUCCUCCUAUCAAUAUAGAGUGUAUUAUUUGAUUAUAAAUUUAUGAUCAUUUCUUAAA